AUGGGGGGAUGGGACGGGACCACACGGGGCGGACGGGCAGUGCGUGCGUUGGAGGCGCUGAACGCCGCGUGGCAGCUGUGGCCGUCCAACUCCAACCGCUCACGGCGCUGCGACCAGUGGGAGCACAUCCAGUGCAACCAGCAGGGCUUCAUCACUGCUGUCGUUCUGACUGACCUCGGGAUCAACGGAACCAUGCCUCUCAAUGUCUUCUCUGCCAUGCCUUCUCUCAGACGCCUUGUUCUAGCAUACAACUACUAUCUCCAAGGGUCCAUCACUGACCUCCCUCUGCCCCCCUCCCUGCGCGUGCUUGACCUGUAUAACACUAGAGUAUCUGGUUCUCUGCCAUCCUCCAUCCUCUCACUCUCUGCUCUUGCACACCUGUAA